AUGGCGUCCGCCAAGCGAGGUAUACACGACCGCAUCAACCGUGUGUCUCAUUGGGACGUAAACGUCACCAAUCUCGAGCGUUCGAGGCUGUGGUACGAGAAAAAAACAACUCAACGUGUCGUUGCAAGCACAACAGCUUCGCAGGACUUUCCGGCCCUUGGUAUCACAAGGGGCAGCUUCAAAGGCUACUUGCUGCGCGAUAGCACCAAAGGCUCUGGAUAUCCCAUGAUCCAUCUGGUAGAGUGGCAGAAUCCAUUGCCCGUCGGCAAACCCAACCUCUCUCAUGGGCACGUGGGCUGGUAUCGCAUAGUUCCUGUUGUCCAGAGCAUUGAUGCAGCCCGUGAGGCAGUAAUGCAGCAGGCUACUUUGCAACUGAGCCCCAAUAUGCCAGUUCUCGACUACAGGUUCUUCACGACGCACGACCCGGACGGGAUCGCGGUAGAGUUUUCCCAAGCAGAUAUCUUGCUCGAUAUAGUCCCGGCGUGCCCGUACACGGUAGCCCAUAACACCGCCAACGUUGAAAAGAACUUGCCCUUCUAUGUCGAGGUACUGGGCCUCAACGUUCAGACGAGCGUGCAGUCACCGCACCUUGUUCCUAAUGUCUAUAGUCCCAAUGGAGGACAGACUGGGCUCACCGGCGUCUUCUUCACCAUACGCAAUAACAAUUCCUACAUUUUGGACUGGCUGCAGUGGACUGACUCCCCUAAACACCCCACUCCAUAUUGCGAGGUCAACCAUGUCGGCGUUGUGCGGUGCGCAAUCGAGGUUGAUGAUGUUGAUGCUGCUUACCAGAUCCUUCGUGAGCUCUCUGGCUCCCCCAAACACAACUUCAAAAUGGGAGAGCCAGAGGUCUGGGAUUUUGGGCAAGAAUUCGGUGCUCGCAAAGUUUUAAACUUUCAAGAUCCGGAGGGGGUAGGGUUCCAGCUGAUUGAGCAGCCGCAGGAGCCGCAGAAGGUUGAUUUACAUCCAUGGGGUGUUGGCUCAGAACCUAAAUAA